CACUGCAACAUGGCUGCUCCCAUGGAGUGUGGUGCUGAUAACAAUACUUCAGAAAACAACAUGUCCUUAAAGAAAGCUCUGUCCGCAGUUUCUCCCCUCACUCUGAGAAUCGUUGCUGAAUGCCCGGUGACAAAAGCGAGAGCGUGUGAUCUCGUGCUGCCACACAGUCCCGUUAGCACCCCGGUUUUCAUGCCUGUGGGUACUCAGGGAACUAUGAAGGGGAUCACUGUGGAUCAGCUGGAGGGUCUUGACUGUCAGAUCUGUCUUGGAAACACAUACCACCUGGGCAUGAGACCGGGGCCUGAUUUGAUCGAGAAAGCCAAUGGUUUGCACGGGUUCAUGAACUGGAAGAGAAAUCUUCUGACUGACAGUGGUGGGUUUCAGAUGGUGUCUCUUGUCGAGCUCUCAGAGGUCACCGAGGAAGGGGUGAAGUUCAAGUCCCCCUAUGAUGGCAAAGAGAUCCUCCUGAGUCCUGAGAAAUCCAUCAGCAUACAGAACAGUCUAGGAUCAGACAUCAUGAUGCAGCUGGACGAUGUGGUCAGCAGUACUGUGACAGGACCCCGUGUGGAGGAGGCAAUGCACAGAUCCAUUCGCUGGCUGGAUCGAUGCAUUGCAGCCAACAAACAUCCAGACAAACAAAAUCUCUUUGCCAUCAUCCAGGGAGGGCUGAAUGCAGAGCUACGCAAGACCUGUCUUGACGAAAUGACUCGACGUGACGUUCCUGGUUUUGCAAUUGGGGGCCUGAGUGGAGGAGAGGAGAAGGAUGACUUCUGGAGGAUGGUCACUCUGAGCACCGACCACCUGCCACGAGAGAAGCCUCGAUACCUCAUGGGCGUGGGGUAUGCUGUGGAUUUGGUGGUGUGUGUAGCUCUGGGUUGUGAUAUGUUUGACUGCGUGUUCCCCACCCGCACUGCCAGGUUUGGCUCAGCUCUGGUACCUUGGGGUUCUCUCCAGGUGAAACAGAAGCAGUAUGCCAAGGACUUCCAGCCAAUAGAUCCAGACUGCCAGUGUCCCACCUGCAAGAGACAUAGCCGGGCUUACCUCCAUGCUCUGUUUAAGAGUGACACUGCAGCCAUGCAUCACAUCACCAUCCACAACAUUGCCUACCAGCUCACCCUGAUGCGCUCUGUGAGACAGAGUAUUGUGGAGGGCCGCUUCCCGGAGUUUAUACGGACGUUCAUGAAGCGAAUGUUUCCCUCUCCUGAGCAGUACCCCGGCUGGGCUGUGGACGCUUUAGCCUCCGUCAACGUUACACUGGACUAGAUCUUGGAGACGGGGAUGUUAAACAGUGACUGAAAGAUUUUAUAUCUUUUUAAAUGACUCUUUUUAUGUAUGAUUGUUUUCUACUUUUUCUUUAUAUUUGUAUAUGUAUUUCCAGUUUUGUGGGCAAUGAAGAAAAUGGCUUUUGAUCUGAAGGGAUAAAGCCAGAUCGUGUCUUGCUUUACUCAGCCUCUGCAAAUUGUCCUCAGAGUACACAUUAUCAUAAUGUAAGACUGAAUGGGGUUUAAAUGAGGUUUGAAACACAUGAACUAUCUCCUCUGAUAUGCUCAGACACUUUUUGUUGUUACCAUGGCUACAGAGCUAGGCGCACCCACUUGAACUGAAAUGUUUUUGCUUUCCUCUCAACCCCGAGCGCAGUACAGAGGUAUUUCCUUUUUUGCCAAAGACACGAGAUUAAUAAAUGUAUUCUGGUGUUUUAUUCCUAACAGACUAGUAACAGUUUGAGCACAUGAAUGAAUCCAGCUCACUACAGAUAGUGUGCUUGUGUCAUGAUGACCACCAGAGGGCAAAAUAAACAACAUCAGAGCAAA